CGCAUAUGAUACAUCUGUCAAGUUUAGCAGUAUCUUUGCAAAUUUCCAAACCAUUUAUCCUUGUUUCAAGCUACCUAGCAAGCUACUGCUGUUUCUUACAUUCUUUUCGAGAGGAAUCAAUGUAUUUGUUUUUUAUUCCAGUCAUGAGUUGAUUGGCAUGUUUGUAUAUUAUUUCUUUUUGGGAUCCAUCUAUGUGUUGUCUUAAUAUUAUAAGUUUGUCAGCAAUUGUUUGAUUGAUUUAAGAUAUAUUUUAUAACUUAAAGAUCCCCUUUGGGGCAUUGAGCUUGGCUUGUGUGGCUAGUGAGAAAUGGAGUGGCAGAAAGUGAUGGAAAGAGGAGAGAGGGCAGGUGUGUCAAGUUCAUCCAAUGGUGGAGAUGGAGUUGAUGUUGUAAAGGAAAUGAUGGAUGUGAUUGAGACCGUUGGAUUAUAUGUGGGGUACAGGAGGACACAGAGAAAGGAGUGCUUGAACUUGGUGAGGAGAUUGAAGCUGUUAGUUCCUCUUUUAGAGGAGAUAAAGGAGAUUGAUCAUCAUAAAUUGAGCUCCAGUGAGGGUUUGAAAACUAGUCUGGUUAAUUUGAAGAAAGCCCUUUUGGGUGCUAAGAAGUUGUUGAAGAAAUGCAGCUGUGGAAGCAAGAUUUAUCUGGCAAUGGAGAGUGAGGCAGUGAUGAGUAGCUUUCAUGCUGUAUAUGACCGCUUAAAUCAGGCUUUGGAUGAUUUGCAGUAUGAUGAGCUAGGGAUCUCAGUUGAAGUUAAAGAGCAAGUUGAGCUAACACGGAUGCAACUUAAAAGAGCUAAGAGGCGAACCGACACUCAGGAUAUAGAGCUGGCAAUGGAUAUGAUGGUUGUAUUUUCCAAAAAGGAUGACAGGAACGCAGAUAGUGCAAUACUAGAGAGACUGGCCAGCAAGUUAGAGCUACAUACUAUUUCAGAUUUGAAAGCAGAAGAAGUAGCUGUCAGAAAACUAGUUAAACAGAGAGGGGUGCAGAAUGCUGAAAGCAUCCAGCAAAUUAAAGAUUUUCUGGGAAAAUUCAGACAUAUUGCUGGGGUUGAUGAAACCAUUGAUCUUGACGGUCCUAUAUCUUCAAAAAGCCUCCAGAAGUGUCAGUCUUUGCUUAUCCCUCAUGAAUUCCUUUGUCCAAUUACUCUGGAGAUCAUGGUGGAUCCUGUCAUUGUGGCAAGUGGACAGACUUAUGAAAGAGAGAGCAUACAGAAGUGGCUAAAUUCUAAUCAUAGAACCUGCCCGAAGACUGGCCAAAUUUUGGAUCAUUUAUCUUUAGCGCCGAAUUUUGCCCUCAGGAAUCUUAUACUGCAAUGGUGUGAGAAAAAUAAAUAUGAACUACCCAAGAAGGAUUCUUGUUUGCGCUCUGAUGGCUUUUCUGCUGAGUCUAUAGAGGAAAUCUCUUUCUUGGUCCAAAACCUGUCCUCCCAUGAGUUUGAAGUGCGAAGAGAGGCAGUUAUGAAUAUCCGUAUGCUUGCAAAGGAGAAUCCAGGCAACAGAAUUUUGAUUGCCAACUAUGGAGGGAUUCCUCCAUUGGUUCAGCUCUUGUCCUACCAAGAUUCCAAGAUUCAAGAACACACUGUAACAGCUCUUUUGAACUUGUCAAUCGAUGAAACAAACAAAAGACUUGUAGCCAGAGAGGGAGCCAUUCCAGCUAUCAUUGAGAUUUUGCAGAAUGGAACGGAUGAGGCAAGAGAAAACUCUGCUGCAGCUUUGUUUAGCUUGUCGAUGCUCGAUGAAAACAAAGUGCUAAUAGGAGCUUUGAAAGGAAUCCGUCCCUUGGUGUACCUUUUGCAGAAUGGGACUGUCCGAGGUAAAAAAGAUGCUGCAACUGCACUCUUCAACCUAUCUCUGAACCAAACCAACAAGUCCAGGGCCAUUAAAGCAGGUAUCAUACCAGCGUUGCUCUGUUUGCUGGAGGAGAAUAACCUAGGAAUGAUUGACGAAGCCCUCUCCAUACUGCUUCUCCUAGCAUCACAUCCUGAAGGGAGAAAUGAAAUUGGUAGACUAUCUUUCAUCGAAACCCUUGUUGGAAUCAUAAGAAACGGGACUCCCAAGAACAAGGAAUGUGCCGCAUCCGUUCUUCUCGAGUUGGGGUUGAAUAAUUCAUCGAUCAUCUUAGCAGCACUUCAGUAUGGUGUGUAUGAACAUUUGGCAGAGCUUACAAAAAAUGGAACCAACAGGGCUCAAAGGAAAGCAAACUCUCUAUUGCAGCACAUGUGUAAGUACGAACACCUUCCAUGAAAAUCUCCCACCAAAUUAACAGAUUGAUAUCUAGCUUCCUACAGAGAGGAUGCCUACAUGUGUGUAUGAGGGCAUACAGUACAAAGUUCUUGGGUGUCUAGCACCCAAUGUGGCUCGCCUCUACAGGACAUGUGCAACUGCAGAAGGUAGUCAGUUUUUUGCCCCCUUUACAUCGGAUUGACUCUGUAUGUAUUGUGAAUACAGCAGUGAAAGAAACUUUUACAAUGCUGGGGAUGAUAGAAAUGUAUGUAAAAGGGUGCCGAACGCAAAUGAAUGGUAUGCCAUUUAGUAAUUUUAUCAAAGCUUUUUAUCAGACAAGUGAGAGACAGCUCAGUUGCUACUUGUUUGCAAAAUGUAAAGCGACAAGGGCUGAAGAAGUGAAGCUCUUGAUGGGAUUGGGACGGAGGCUACAGGAGGUAGGGUAGGAAUGUCAACAGCAGUACGCAACAUAUUAAGCCUUUCACCAUCAAAGAAAAUGGGACGAGCCCCUGUUGAUAACCCUACAACUAUUUGUCUGACAGCCUCCCCACUUGUAUCACAUUACAGUAAUCAAACCUUUGCAGCCCCGAACCAUUAUGAUAUCCAAUCUACUCGGUUACAUUCCAGUUUUGGAGGCAUAGUAAUGAGCUUGUAAUAACUCCCUCAGGCACACUGCUUGGGCUAGAUCUUGAAAAACCAUUGAUCCCAUAGCAUGUCACUUUUGACU